CCUGAUGAAGCUACUCUCCUUCCAGGUACUUGAAGCAGCUGUCGGGCCUCCUCGCCAUGCCACGCCCCCGCUAACCGCCCACAGGAGGCUCUCCCGCCGUCACCACUUUUAAAGAACCUACAGCUUAAUCAAACGCAAAAUUAGAUCCGCGCCAAUAUGAAGGAGUGUGAUUCGGAAUAAAGAUUAUUUGCUGCGUCCUUUCCUAAUGAGAGAUUCUAAGGAACAGUUGGGCGAAGUGGGUUGUUUAUUUGUUUGUUUGUUUGAGUGUAGUUUUCGUAAAAGAGAUAGGUUAAUUUUCAAUUUUAUUUGAGUUAUAUCUGACUCCGACUCACCGGAAGCAAGAAUCUCCUUUCGUUUCGAUUAAUUAUCUUUUCUUUUUGUUUGAAGUCAUGAGUUACAUUUGAAACGUCAGUUCACACACACACAAAAAAGAAAGAAAAAUGGUCAGAAUUUCACCUUGAUUCGAAACUCACGAGAAAUGGAAAAGGGACAACAGGAGAUAAAAAGAAAGACAAUCAGCUAAACAAGCAAUACGUUACAUGAAGUGAGUGAAUCUCCGCCUCCGUAUUUCUUCAGCGGGAAGAGAUAAACCGAGAGAAAUCACACAACGAAGAUAUUAAGAAACCCUUCCUCUCAGCCAUCCUUUCCCACGCAACAAAACACCCUUUGUUUUCUGGAGUCGAUACCCAAGACCUAUCCCACCAUAGCUCAAGCAGCAAGGCACCCGUGCCACGCCCCCGGCUGGCACCGCGCCCACGGUCAUACCACAAGGAAGGCGUGGGCGGCUUGGAGUGGCACGAUGGACAACGUGUGCAACUUGGAGUGCUGGUGCCACGUGCCAACGAGGGGUAGGAGCAAACCCCCGUGCUAUCUGUGCGUCAUGGAGAAUUGCUCAAUGUCAUACAAGGCGUCGGACCCCCCCUCAGCGUCUGCCCCCCAGUCGUCUUCUGCCGCCCCCCCGCCUGCUCCCGUGCCGUCGGCCCCCCCACUCACCACGGCGGCGCCCUCGAUGCGUGAGGCGGACGCCGUGUCCGACGCGUCCGUCCAGUCGCGGAUUCCGUACGGCUGGCAGUUCAGCUUCCAGGUGGCUCCCAACGGCGAGGAGCUCGAGAGCCACGGCAGCUUCAGCUCGAAGCUUCCGCGGAGAAGACACGGCGAGUUCACCAACGGCAUCGCUGACGAGUACCACCACCACCACCACCUGCUCCGCCGCCAGCAGUCGCAGCCGUCGCCGCAGCCGCAGCUCCAGCCGCAGGCCUCCACGGACGGCGCACAGGGCGACGACGCGUCCGAGGGCGACGACCCCGUGGCAGCGGAGGUGAUGGUCGUCAACGACGCCUCGGAGCAGCUGCAGCAGGAGCGGCCGCCGCAGCAGCCACCCUCCGCGGGGUCCCCGGUGUACCCUCGGUACCUAGAGGGCUGCGACGAGGACUCCGUAACGGAGGAGGCCACGCUGAGCGACGUCACGUCCUUCGGCGAGGACGACUCGAGGUCCCACUUGGACGUGCCGCACAUCAGCGUGGCUAAAGCAGAGGCGGAGUCGAGUCCGGGCACGGCCGAGAACGAGAAGUCACUGGGCCUCUCGGAGCUGCUCAAGAACCUCAUCAUCGGUGACGAAGAGGAGAGCUCGGCCAUGUCUUCCUCAGACCUCCAGGACGACCCCGAGCGCCUCGAGGACAGCGCGCGGAUGGACCGCCUUGGGAGCCCCAACAGAGCCUUCAGGGACAUGUGCCGAAGGAGGGAUGCCAACAGGCAGAACUGGAAGCUGGGGAUCCGGUCGCACUCUGCCCCCGAGGAGGCCGAGUGCCACGCCUCCACCUACUCGCUCUCGAGGCUGGACUCGCCGGCGCAGGAGCGGGAGUACCAAAACAUAAACAAGAUCCACCGGCGCGACACCUCCAUGGAGGCCGCCCGAAGGUACCUCCAGAGCGACGAGAACCUCUGGAGGACGUGGAGGUGCGGCCCGGCCUGGGGGCGGAGGUCGAGGGGGAGCACCAACCCCCUCCUGCACCACCUGAGUCCCGGCGUGAGGGGCAGGGUCAGGAGGCCUAGAAGUAUAGGUGCUAGCGGGGAGCUGUACGGCAAGAUGGCCGUGUUCGAGCCCCACAGGUAACUCUCCCGGGAAAAGCCCUUCGCGGCGGCCACUCGUUUCCCGUCGCCCUUCCACGCUCCAUCCUCUAUUUAUACGUCUCCCUCGGUCUCUCCUGUUUCGUUCUCCCUUUCUUUCCUUAUUUAUUCCACCUCCCUUUUCCUCGCACUAUUUAAACCAAGCAAUCCCUACCUCCGUUUGUCCCUCCUUUCCCAUUAUUCUCUCUCUCUCUCUCUCUCUCUCUCUCUCUCUCUCUCUCUCUCUCUCUCUCUCUCUCUCUCUCUCUCUCUCUCUCUCUCUCUAUCUCUCUCUCUCAAGGGCCAUGUGUCAUUCAUCUGUCCCUUACCCUCCCCCCCCCCAGAAAAAAAAAUGUUUAAAGAUGAUAAUAAUAACAAACCAAGCUCAAUAUAAUGGAGAGAUGUGGUUAAGGAAGUCCUUCGUUGUGAUAACCGAAAGUCUGGUGUCUUUGUGUAAGUUUUUGAAAGUGACCUUUCCUUUAUGACUCGGAGUUUGAAACGUCUUGUAAGUGUAGAUCUAUCUGAAAGUUUUCUUUUUUAUCUUUCUUUCUCUCUUUCUCUUUCUCUCUUUCCCCUUCUUCCUCUCUUCGUGAUUGUUAUCAUUAUGGUCUAUUUUUCUAUCGCGUGGCUGUUUUGUGAAUGACUGUAAAGAAUCUCUCCUCGGUAUUUUUCGAAGACUUUUUUUAUAAAUAUAUUUUCCAUUUUUUGUCAUUGAAAGUGAUAUUUUUUGGAUUCGCCGAUUCUAUAUUUUGGGAAAUCAUGUGUAUGAGGAUUUUCAAAAAAAAAAAAAAAUAAUGAUAAUAAUGUACUUCGAGAGAAGAACAGGUUGGGAAUCUCAGCCGAAAAAAAUGUUCUCUGUUGUCAAUUAAAUGUGAUAUAUAUAUAUACUUUUUUCGCAUUUUUACCGUGUCAAAAAUGCGAUACGUCAGUGUGCUUCAUGUGAUGUCAUGUCAGUAUCCAUUCAAGAAUAUUCUAAUUUUUAUACACCUUAUUGAAUAUAUUGACAUUUGUAGCU